GUCAUUCUCACAAGUUGUUUGUGUACUAUAAGGACAGAUCAGCUGUCCCUUCGUCAGUAACAAGCACCUUUAGCUCUCACAGGAUGGCACAACCGGAGUGGACACGUAUCUUCCAGAUUAAAGCAAACGAUCUCAAGAAAGGAGACUCUUGGCGUCUGGAGUUUGAUGAAAAUAUUGAGCCUAACAAUCCAAACCUGGGCUGGGAGCAGUAUAUCAGGAACACGGGUGCAAGGUUCGAAUGCACCAAGUGUAGAAGAAACUGGCCGUCAAACCGGGUGAUGGUGAUCUUCCACAUGCGCCUCACGGAUGGGCAGGGCAUUGUCAAGGUGAGGCCCUUCCGUCAGAAAUGCACGAAAUGCAGCACAGCUCUGAUGGAGAGGCCCAGCAUCACCUCUGACAACAUUGACAUCCUUCUGGAGAAUCUGGUGGAGAAGAUAAGAAUAAAGUGCUACCAUGAAGACUUGGGCCAAAGGAACAGGCCUUUCAGGAGAUUUGAUGUCAACAAUUCCCAUGAGCCUCUCUUUUGUGAGGCCUGUAUUGGAGGCUUCUGUGCAAAUAAUUGAGCUAUUGUUGCUUUUAAUUCAGCCUUUUAUUGAUAUAAAGAAACAUAAUGUUUGUCUCAGACUGUCUUGUAUUUAUUCUUGAGAUUUUAUGACUUCAUCAGCUCAAGCUCAUGGUAGCUCAAGUGCUACAAGUCAUUAGGGCCCUCUGAUUGUUAUCAAUUAAAUCCAAGCCUCCCAGUUUGUCAGGUUUUGGCCUUGGAAUGAUCUUCAGCACACACUAAAAAUCAAUACUCUACUAACCUAUGGACCAUUUAAAAUGAUGAUCACAAACCUUUAUGUUUCAAUAUGUAACUGUUUUAACUGAUUUUUCUUUAUUUUCACCUAUGUUUUGACCUAUUUAUUUUUAACUUGUCUAUAAUUCGACAUCUUUGUAAUGGAGGGCAAUCUCAGUGGUUCUUCGAGUUUAAAUGAAGGUUUGAUAAAAAUCAAACGCACCAAGACUCUUCCUCCUGUUGAUCUGUUUCACUUUAUUGUUUCCACAAUCUUAUUUAUAUAAUAAUCAUGCGCAUAUAAGCUUUCAUAUUUGUUCUUGUCGGCAGUCAAUUUUCUCUAACAAAUUAAUUUGUCCACUUAAAAGCAUUAAGCAAGCUUUCUUAAUAACACAAAUGUAAUAGAUGAAUUAAGCUUGUAUAUUCAAUAAACUACAUGUAUUUGUGAUGUG